AUGAAGUUUAUUAAAACUCCCGAGGUUGAUAUGCUACGAGUCGCAAAGAGUUCUGAAAAUCAAAGAAAAUCGCUUAGAGGAUUUGCUCCGGCAAUUGGAUUGUCCGUGGUAGAUUAUGGACGUGUAAAUGAUAUUGAUCAAUUCUACAUCGAUUGCCAAAAUUUCAGAGAUUAUUAUCGAGAUCCAUAUAAUAAAUUACCAAGACCCGUCGUUUUUAAGAAACAUUAUGGAAAAUGCGGCCUUCGGACAAGAGAUAAAUGCAGCGAAUUACUAAUGCUACCAUUACAAUGGGUGCGUGAAACCCAACCAGUCAUUUACCCAAUAAAUUAUGGCAGACAAUUGCAUCUAAAUGAGGGCAUAAACAUGACUGGUCAAUAUGAUUGGACAUCUUGUAUUAAAUAUAAACGUUAAACG